AUGGAAGUCCUAGCCACAGCCUCGAGCGUCCUUGCCGUCGUCUCCUUGGCCUUACAACUUGCUGACAAUGUCCAAAGACUCGUUGACUUUUGGGAUUCUGUCAAAGAGGCUCCAGUCGAAGCUGCGGAGAUUAGAUCCCAGCUCCAGAUACUUGGUGCACUUUUAAGGAGCAUCGAACGAGAGGGUCGACGCUCACCAAACGACGAUGGAAGCAGUCUGGGCCAUGGUUGUCUUCUCGUUUGCAAAGGGAGCGUCGCCAAGCUGGAGAAGCUGUCGAAUGGAUGGGAGCAGGAAUUGAGCCGUAACGGCUCAAUUCGGCGCAAAUGGUCGUGUUUGAGGAAGGCUUUGAAGGGGAAUGAACUGGAUCGCUACUGGUGCGAGCUUGAACGGGCCAAAAGUACACUGAUUAUGUAUUUGUGCUUGAGAAAUGGCCAGCUUCAAGACUCGUUGCAUCGACUUAUAAUGAGGGUGAGACCGGCACCUCUGGAGGACUGUAAACCAUCAACCAUCAUUAAAACUGUUGGAUCAGUUGUCCCGACAACCAUCGGUAAUCGAUUCAAGAAGCUGCAUCUUGGCACAGCGGUGUACGAGUUGCACCUGAGCUUUGGGGUCAUCCGCAUACGAAUGGUCAGGGAGACAGUCAUCGAUAAAUGCUCUCCGCCAACGCACUCGCAGAUGAUCAGACACCCUAAACAUUGGAAUAUCGUUGCCACCCUUUUGCCCAAAUUCACGCUGUGGAGAGUACUCGAAUUUUCUUUCACCCAGAGAUUCAACUCUAUUGGCGCUGGACUUCGGACCUUCAACAUUCGGCCGGGCUGGUCUCCGAUCUUCGAAUACUCUGGUCGAGGGGACCUACAAAGCGUCAGAAGGCUCGUCGAAGAUGGUCUCGCAUCGCCCAAUGAUGUGGAUCCGGAUGGGUGGACUGUACUACACUGGGCUGCAGGUGCUCACCAAGCAACAAUGUGCCAGUUGCUUCUUGCUCUUGGUGCUGUACCAGAUCCUGUGACUAAACGUCAGGAGACACCACUUCUCGUCGCAGCACGGGCAAAUGAGCGACCUCUGGGCAGGGGCUAUCUUCAUCCAAGACAUGACGAAAGCACAACCCUAGAUACGAUGAGGGUCUUGGUUGAGCAAGGGAAAAAUGACCCAAUGCAAAGUGGCGAUAUUGGAUACAAUUCCAUCUUCAUGGCUUCCAAGAAUCGUUCUGGUAGAUCGCUACUAUGGCUCAUACACCAAGAGGAAUAUGAGCUUGACCUCAGUUAUACAACACCAGGGGGGACCACAGCAGCGUCUUUGUUUGUACAAAGAGAAGACUUGUCCCCAACACUAUUUGAACCACUUCUCAGUAAGUGGACGGCAAUUGAAGCACCCUGUGCAAAAUGGUGGCGCCCUCAAUUUGCCAACCGUCACGUUAGAAUCCUAGAACCUUCAAUGAUCCAGUAUGCUGUGUGGACUUGGUACGACAAUCUUCUGAACUCUUAUGACGAACGUUUCCCACACCACGGCCCCGUAGAGGAAUUUAAAUCGGUUCCGUCACCGCUGGCCACUAUAGAAACACUAAUUGCCUACGGAGCGGACCUUUAUUGCAAUGGUAGUUUGGUCAAAACGCUCUUGAGAGGAUUGGUGCUAAAUAUAGUUCAAUUUGAUGGAGAGGAGCGCCCUCUGAACGUUACGAGAUACUGCAUGUCUAGAUGGCUGGAGCUUGUCCAACAGCUUGGUUUCGACCUCAAGGAUUACCUCCGGAUUGAAGCCGAAAAGCAAAAGGGGCGGUGUUAUAACAUUGGAGCUGGAAUUAUAAUGGGUGUGUGCUUUGAUGAGGAUACUGCACCACAUAUAUGGACCGUCUUUCAAGGGCCUCCAGAAAGAGAGAAGAAUGUGGUUGUGGAUCGCAUCACCAGUUGCGCAAAUUGGAAAGAGUGGCAGUUCCUUUUUGCGCUCCCAAAACCGCCACCUCGAUUAAAAACACAAGAAAUCCUGGAGCAGUCGGUAGGAGUAAUCGCGUUCCAGAAACAAUGCGCUUGUCCUGAGUUCGGGGUUCAUUUGAAAUCCUGCAAGGGUCCAAAUAUUGAGAACAUAAACGACGGCUCUAAACCCUCACCGGGCACACUCGCCUCCGCGAUCCCCUCAAGGAAACGCAGAAUUGUUUCUGCGAUACUAUACUACAUGAUCUCUGCGACGCGAUAUCGACACGAAUUUACUUUUUAUGUCUUCGUUCUGGCGUGUUUAUUUGGAUGCAGCUACUUUGCUCGAUUCUGGAUUGCGGGUGGGGUUUUCUUGGCUUUGAAACUAUUUCAAGAUACCAUUUCAUACUGGAUUUGA